AUGAAUGUAUUACCUAAUUCGAGAAAACUGAAUGGCGUCUCACUGGUGGAGUACCUUCAAGAAGACAGCAAUAGUAUUGUAGCAACUGCAGCAGCGAAUACAGAGGAUCAGUCUGACUAUCCCAUUUAUUUGACACAAAAGGAGCAAGAAGCCAUUCUCAGGAAGAGAUAUCAUCAUAACAGCAACCACCAUGGCAACGUCAAGAAGCAUGCUGUAUCCAAGAGUUCAUCACACGUUCGUAUGAAUAGACCCAAGAAGCAGCAGCAGAAAAAGGCGAUAUCAAAAUCCACCACCACCAUGACCAGAAACUACCAUCUUCCCAUGAUCCAAAGUGCAUCUGCUCACAAUGGCACUUUCAGGAGAUGCAAUCGUCACACAUUGGAUUUCUCGACCAUGGAUUCAGGAGUCUUGGAUCAUCAGAUUUUAAGAAGGGCAAACAGCCUAUGCAACAGCUCCAUCUAUAGUACAUUUACAUCUCCGCAACAGAUCAACACGACGUUUUCAUCAUCUUCUUCCAGUACAUCAUCAUCAGCGUCAUCAGCAUCAUCUGCAGCAUCACUUUCUGUAUCUAAUUCCUCUUCCUCCUGCAUAACGGAUCACCACAAAGCUAGCAUUUCCAUUCUAGAUGUUUCUCAGCCCAAGCAGCAUCAUGCUACGGAGAAGCAAUCAAUACAGCAGCAGCAGCAUGAAGGAGCAAUGAAACAUCGAUCGAAUCAAGAAACAUUGAAACUAGAGGAAUCGCUGCAAAAACGAUUAUGGAACGAAGAUGUUACUCUGUGCGCAAAAGAAGAGAUUGCAGAGUUCCUUGGAUCUCCCAAGUCUUCAAGACCCAAGGUGCUUAUGCUCUACAUGAAUAACUUUGAUUUUGCCAAUCAACGAUUGGAUGCUGCAUUUCGUACAUUGUGCGCUAAACUGUAUUUGAAGGCUGAAUCGCAGCAAUUAGACAGAAUCAUCGAGGCAUUUGCCAAGAGAUACUAUGAAUGCAAUCCAGAUACCUUGCUCCACUGUUUCGAUGUAGUGUAUGCAGUUGCUUAUUCUCUGCUGCUGCUCAACACGGACCUGCAUGUUGUCAAUGACUGGACCAACAAAAUGACACGAUCCAGCUUUAUCAAGAACACGAUGGAGACAAUUCAGUCACUGGUAUUCCCUCAUUUAGCAGACACUACCAGCUUCUCGCAACAGAGAAAACGCCGUGCAUCCCUAGUGAGUCACCAAAGCAUGGAUUCGGCAUCUUAUCAUCUCAAAAGAAACGAUAGUUCUCCUUCUACUAUAUCUUUUUGGAAUGACCAAGAUGCUCCUCACAACCACAGUGAUUGCAGCAGCCAGAGCAUCAGCGGUGGUAGCAGCCCCAUCACGGCGACAAGCAACUUGUCCCAGAGAUUCGAUGCCUUCAAAUCAAACAUGUCUCGCAAGAGCACCGCUUGUUCUGAUGGCCUCACUCGCACUCAAAAGACAUGGCUUGCAGAUGUGGAAGGUCUAUUAAAGGAAAUGUAUGCAGCAGUAAAAUCACAUCGCAUUGACCAAGCUGAAAUCAUGGUCCCUGCUGUUCCUCCGCAUACCACUGCCUUGCAUAGGUCAAGAACGCUGCCAAAAAACACAAUGGAUCAAUUGGAUGGCUCUCUGCGUCGUAGCAGAAGACGGCGAGGCCAGUCUGUCAUUCUAGACAAAAGCAAGACGUCCAUGGACGAUUUUAUCAACAUCCAUAAGGAGCUUCCUUUGUUGCCCAAUGCCAAAAAGCAAGACAUGUUUAAGCAAGGCCUCGUCAUGCGCAAGCAUGUCAUGGAAAGAACAGACAAACGAGCUCGUCAUCGCCAAUGGCAGCUAUGCUAUCUGGUGAUGACAGACACGGAACUGAUCAUGUACAAGCCUACACAGCAACAGCCUAUGGACGACACCGACAAGGGAAGAAGAAGAAAGAGCGCAAGCAUGAUGCUUUGGAACCCGUCUACCUCAUCUUCGUCACUUCAAGAUAUCGUGCAUCAACACCCUCAUUGGCAGGCAGAUGAAGAACAGGCACCUCUAGCUACAUUGGAAAUGAACCAUACCUAUGCAACAGCCAUACCUCCUCCAGGAUGGAACCCUCAAAGACCACAUGUGUUUCGCUUGGAGACUGGGGAUGGUGGCUUAUGGCUGUUUGAGUCUGUGGACCUCUUUGCUGCUCAGGCCUGGGUGGAAGCAUGCAACUUGACUGCAGCUAAAAUCAGCAAAGGACCUCUGCCUGGAGCUAUCUGCAACAUUGAUUACGGUUGGGGUGCCAAGUGGGACAACACGACGCAAGAAUUCGCCGAUGUGCCCGUGUGGUAUCCUCCUACUUGUUGUAUGGUCAACAGCACAUUGAGCAUCAAUGAUCAGUACCUGGGCAUUGAAGCGCAGAUUACUCAGCUGAACAUGCAGUUGAAUGAGCAUCGUCAACUGAAGCUCUCCGUUGACAAAAAGUUUGGCGCUGGUCAUCAAGCGUGUGUCAAUAGUAUGCAAGCAUUAACCAACUGGGAUAAGAAGCUACACUUUAUUUUGCAUGAAUUGAUCAAACUGAGAUGCUACAAAGACAUCUUACUUCAACACCAACUGCAAAUUCUGUUCUAA